CGGUUCCACUCCUCCAGGCUGUUCUGUACGUGGCAGCGGUUCCAAACGCGUUCCCUCUGUACUGCUCAUAACCCCGGGGUGCCAAGUGAAUUUUCGUCCACACAAGGAAGCGUGACAGUCUUUUUUUAAAGACACCAGAGGUGAACAGAAGGAUCCCCACACCCUGCUGCUACCUCAGAUUCUGUCCGCUCGGCCCUUAUGUCAGCCACUUCGCCGCUGUCGUCCUGAUAGAGAAGGAAUCCAGCAGGUUACUGAACUGGACAAAAUGAGGAACCAUGCGUUUUGUAUCUCCUGGGUUUUGCUGUGCUGCUGCUGGUCUACACAUGGGGAGAUCUUUACCUCCAUUGGACAAAUGACUGAUCUAAUCCACACAGAAAAGGAGCUAGUCCAGUCUCUGAGAGAAUACAUCAAAGCAGAGGAGUCUAAACUGACUGCUGUCAAAAGCUGGGCUAGCAAACUCGAUGCUCUCACAAGAUUAGCCACUUCGGACCCUGAGGGCUACCUGGCCCACCCAGUGAACGCCUACAAACUGAUGAAGAGGCUCAACACUGAGUGGUCUGAACUGGAGAGCCUGGUGCUUCAGAAUCCCUCCGAUGGUUUCAUCGGGAACAUUUCCGUACACAGGCAGUACUUUCCUGAUGCGGAGGAUGAGACCGGUGCUGCCAAGGCUCUGAUGCGUCUUCAGGACACGUACCAACUGGAUUCAGAAGCGUUCUCCAAAGGAAAACUGCCAGGUGUUCACUCUAACGCUGUCCUGACCGUGGAUGAUUGCUUCGACAUGGGAAAGACGGCCUACAACGACGCAGACUAUUACCAUGCCGUUCUGUGGUUUCAGCAGGCGCUGAAACAGCUGGAUGACGGAGAGGAAGCUGUGGUCACCAAGGCAGAGAUCCUGGACUACCUCAGCUACUCUGUUUACCAAAUGGGUGACAUACCUCGAGCCAUCGAGCUCACGCGCCGCCUUGUGGCCGUCGACCCCAGCCAUGAGAGGGCAGGAGGAAACCUGCGUUACUUUGAGCGGCUGCUGUCCAAACAGCUCAAUGAGAUGAACCAGGCCUACCAGCCGGCCUCUGAGGAGCCCAUCCAGCUGGGGACUUACACCCGACCAAAAGACCAUCUGCCAGAGAGGGAGUCCUACGAGGCUUUGUGCAGAGGAGAGGGGCUCCAGAUGACUGAAGCGAGGAGGAGUCGUUUGUUUUGUCGCUACCAAGAUGGCCGUGGGAGCCCUCGUCUCCUGCUGAAGCCCAUGAAGGAAGAGGACGAGUGGGACAGCCCCCACAUUGUUCGCUACCUGGAGAUGCUGUCGGAUGAAGAAAUUGAAAAAAUUAAAGAGCUGGCUAAACCCAGGCUUGCCAGAGCUACUGUUCGUGAUCCCAAAACAGGAGUUCUGACCACAGCCAACUACAGAGUGUCGAAAAGUGCAUGGUUGGAGGCAGAGGAGGACCCUGUGAUCGAAAGAGUUAAUCAGAGAAUAGAAGACAUCACUGGCCUCACCGUACAAACUGCAGAGUUACUCCAGGUUGCAAACUAUGGAGUUGGAGGACAAUACGAGCCACAUUUUGACUUCUCAAGGCGCCCCUUUGACAUCAGUCUCAAGAAAGAGGAACCUGAUGCUUUCAAAAGGUUAGGCACUGGAAAUCGCUUGGCGACAUUUUUAAAUUACAUGAGUGAUGUUGAGGCCGGAGGAGCAACAGUCUUCCCUGACUUUGGGGCUGCAAUCUGGCCAAGAAAGGGAACAUCAGUGUUCUGGUAUAACCUCUUCAGAAGUGGAGAAGGAGACUACAGGACCAGACAUGCAGCCUGUCCAGUUCUUGUAGGAAGUAAAUGGGUGUCGAACAAGUGGAUACACGAGCGCGGACAAGAGUUCAGGAGACCAUGCGGCCUGACGGAAGUGGACUGAAGCCUCCUUCAUGUCUGUGCUUACCCUCCUUAGUGCUUGUUUUAGGCUAAAUGUUGCAACACAGACACAUUGUGCCAAACCUUUCAACAUGUCUGUAUGACCAAAAAGUGGUUUGCAGGGGAACCGACAUCCAUCUGCUGAGGGAGAGUUCAGUGUCCGUCAUUAUUUUCAGUACCCUGGUUCAUCAGGUUUGAUCAGACGAUUAAAAGACAACAAUUCUGAAUUUAACCCUAAUGAAUAUCAUGACCAACAUUUUUAUUUUCAUAAAUUCACAUCUCUUUUAAAGUAGUUUUGUCUGCCGCCUCAGACAGGAGUCAGACAAGGUUUCUUUAAAGCACUAUAAGUUGAAUUUAAGCUCUAUGGUGAAAAUGUUCACUACUUGUUCAAAUUAAGUAGCAUUAAAGCUACAGAGGAACCAAAGUCUUAUUGAUGUGAUUCGUUUGUACAGUAGAUGUGCUACUUUUAUGUUUUACUAACUAUUCCCACGCUGUCUGAUGCAUUAUGGUGUAGUUUGAGUAACAGCUUUUUGUUUGUAAUUCUCACUGUAAUUUGGAACAGAAUUAUUUCGUUUCUUCUUCAAAACUUACAGCAAAAUAUUGUCUACAAAUUAUGUGCAUUUUUUUUAUUUAUAGUGUGCUUAAAUUAUGACGUUUUUAUAUUCUCAUUCCCCAAGUUGUCAAUCAAAAGGUCAAUAAACAAUGUGUUUUAUUA